GCCUACCAGAGAGGAGCUGCUCCUAAAAGCCGAAUUCUUCCGGCUGGUGGGAAGGUGUCAACCUCAGAAGAAGAAUAUAAUCUGUUAUCUGAUAAGCAUUUCCCAGACCCUCUGGCGUCCGGUGAGAAGGAGAACACGCAGCCCUUUGUGGUCAUGCCAAAGGAAUUCCCGGUGUACCUGUGGCAGCCCUUCCUCAGACACGGCUACUUCUGCUUCCGCGAGGCUGCCGAGCAGAAGAAGUUUAGCACCCUCCUGAGUGACUGCAUCCGGCAUCUAAAUCACGAUUACAUGAAGCAGACGACAUUUGAAGCCCAAGCCUUCCUGGAAGCUGUGCAAUUCUUCCGACAGGAGAAGGGUCACUACGGCGCAUGGGAAAUGAUCACAGGGGACGAAAUCCAGGUGCUGAGCAACCUGGUGAUGGAGGAGCUCCUGCCAACGCUCCAGACAGACCUGCUGCCGAAAAUGAAGGGGAAGAAGAACGACAGAAAGCGGACCUGGCUCUGUCUCCUCGAGGAGGCCUACAACCUGGUUCAGCAACAAGUUUCGGAAGGAUUAAGUGCUUUGAAGGAGGAAUGCAGGACUCUGACAAAGGGCCUGGAGGGGACGAUCCGGUCAGACAUGGAUCAGAUCGUGAACUCAAAGAACUUCUUAACUGGAAAGAUCAGAGCGAUGGUGGCCGAGCCAGCAGAGAAGAGCUGUGUGGAGAGUGUGCAGCCGUUUUUGGCGUCCAUUCUGGAGGAGCUCAUGGGACCAGUGAGCUCGGGGUUCAGGGAAGUACGUGCACUCUUUGAAAAAGAAGUGGAUGAACUCGGCCAGAGCUUCCAGACCAGCAAAGACAGUGUCCAGCUCAAGGAGGAUCUAGGCCGGCUUAUGAAUCUUCCGCUGGAUUCUGUGAAGAUGGAACCUUGUUAUGUUAAAGUCGACCUGCUUCAGGAGCGCCUGCAGGAUCUCAAGAGCCGCUUCCGAUUCCCCCACGUUGACCUGGUGGUACAGAGGACACAGAACUACAUGCAAGAGCUGAUGGAGAACGCAGUGUUCACUUUUGAGCAGUUGCUUUCCCCGCAUCUCCAAGGCGAGGCUUCCAAAACCGCGGUUGCCAUUGAGAAGGUUAAGCUCCGAGUCUUAAAGCAAUAUGAUUAUGAUAGCAGCACCAUCCGGAAGAAGAUAUUUCAAGAGGCACUGGUUCAAAUCACGCUUCCCACCGUGCAGAAGGCACUGGCAUCCACGUGCAAACCAGAGCUUCAGCUGAGAGGGGACUUUGUGGCUUCUCAAUAAAACCAGAACAUCCAGGUUGGCCGGGACGGGGUGUUAAUGCCAUGUUUUGUUUUCCAUUAUCUUUCAGUGAUAAAGGAAGCUGCUGUCCUGAAGAAACACAACUUAUUUGAAGACAACAUGGCCUUGCCCAGUGAAAGCGUGUCCAGCUUAACGGAUCUAAAAAUCCCCACAGGGUCCAACCAGGCCAGCCCUGCCAGGAGAGCCUCUGCCAUCCUGCCAGGAGUUCUGGGCGGCGAGACCCUGAGUAAUGAAGUCUUCCAGGAGGCAGAGGAGGAGAAGCCUGGGGUCCCCGGUGCGCCGGCCACAGGAGACAGCCCUUCUCUCCCUGGGCCCAGCCCUCCCCCAGGUGGGGCCGGGCAGGUGAUCAUUUCCAGAAUGGAUGGUUCUGCUGUGACUCCUGUGGCUGCCGAGGACACAGCAGGACUCUCGGGCACACAGGCCUCAGAGCUGGAGUUUGGAGGGGCCCCUGAAGAUGAAGAACCCGCCCAGGAACAGCCAGAGUCCGGCUCUGCCUCAGGCUCCCUGAAGGAGCUCAGGAAGCUGUUGACCGAGACAGUUGAAGUACCGGUGCAAUCUGUUCUAGCAACUGAAAAAGAUGAGAACGAGGAGACUCUUGCUCCCCAAGAAAAUGAGAAAGGAGAGGAAAAAGCCCAGAUCUACACUGAGGCCCAUCAGGCAGCUGCCUCCUUGGAGGACGACGGUGAAGGAGGCGAAGUCAGCGAGAGGGAGGCCGGUGGCAGGGAGCUGGGGGCGUCUGCGGAGGCCUGCGGGGGGCUCCCCACAGAGGAGCCCGCAGGGAAGGCUCCCCCACGCGCAGCCUGGGAGGGAGGAGAGGCCGAGUGUGGCGUGGAGGCAGAGGCCACGCUGCAGGGAGGCAGCCCUUUAGGUUCCGGCCCCGUCUGCCCCCAGGAGAGCCAGGUUUCCGAGGAGCAAGAAUCGACGGGCGGGGAAAGCAGCCCCCGCCAGGUCUCGGCCAGCGCGAGUACAGGGGCGACCCAGGCUGCCCGUGUUCAUGAGUGCCAGUGGGUGGUCGAGGAUGCCCCGAACACCGAUGUCCUCGUUUCCCACGAGGAUGAUGGAAAGGAGAGAGAAGGUGCUCAGCAGAGUUCCCCAGAGCAGCCCUCGGAAUAGCGAAGGGAACAAUUUGGCGAAAGCCAAUCAGAGGGUUAUAGUUAUGGGCACACUUAGGGGUUGCAUGUGAGUGGUUACCAAAAAAAAAAAAAAAAGAUUUAUUAAUUAUUUCCUUAAUUUGAAUACUAAAAGCAGAGGAAACGCACGCAGGGCGUGAGGACCGAGGCAAACCUUUGUGGAAUGGAACUGUUCUACCAUGCUUUAUUGCUUUAGUGUUUCAACAGGAAUUGCAAAGGCAAUGGCGAGGUUGGGUUGAGGGAGCUGAGUGUCUGAGGGAGGCAGUGGUACUGCAGUGAAGACUGAGAGAACAGUAAGAGCACAGUUUUCGAUACACUCGGCACAUUUCCGUGGUGCAACAUUCUUACGCACUUUAAGGCUUUUCCAUUUUGUAUAUGAAUGCAAAUGUAUACUGCAGCUCUAGCUGCACCAUCCACUAUACCAACUUCACCGUCUCUGAAGGACUCAGCAUUUGUCCACAGUCAGGCUGCAAGAAAGAGUAGUUCAUGAGCAGUCACCCCUGCCGCGCAGCCACACAGAGCCAAGCGUGCCCCCAUAGAUGGAGAGAAAAACCCAACAGAAAUGGAAGGAGGAAGGUGUGGGCUGGGGGAUUGUCUGGCUUGUUGCUAAUCCUGCUAUCACUUUCUUAUUAACUAAUCUUGUUGAUUCUUAGGAAUUAAUCAUCUUUUAAGAAUAUUCAGAUGAGGCAAGAAAAUUUCAUUAGCGUGUGUGAGCCUGACAGCAUUCCAACUUAGCCUUAGACGGUUGAGCAAAGGACUUAACUAAGUUGCCAAGCUUAAAGCCUACCAAUUAAACAAACAUUGUUUGAACAGCUACUGAACACCACGUACUGUAUUGGGCUUAGGAAUGAAAAAAAAAGAUAAGGUGCUUGUUCUAGGAUGCAUUAAAAGACCCCAGGGAAUUUGAUCUAGAAGAGAAAACAUGCUAAUUUUCAAACUAUGACAGCUUUCUCUCUUUCCAUUCAAACAGUUCUGAUUCCUUCCCAGAAGGGAACAAAAUGAAUAAAUAAAUAAAUGGAUAAAGACAAAAGCCAAGGCGUAUACCAUCAAGUUCCAAAAAGUUACCAAAAGCAGAAAUCAUUUGUUUGGUCAUUGAGCAAGUUAACCGAGUCCUUGCUAUGAACCAAGCUCUGGCGAUACCACGGCCAGAAAGACUCUGUUCUUUCCUCCUGGAACUAACAUGCUAAUGGAGAUAGACACAAAUACAUCUGCUAAAUUCAUCAUGGCCUAUAACCAUUAAUGUUAAAGAUGAAAUGGACUUACUUGGAAAAGAUGAAAAAGAGUUGUUCUAUGUGUUAUCCCCUUUAGAAAAAUACCAGAUUAUUUCCCCAAAGUUUCAGUCCCAAGUCCUACAUCUUGAAAUUUCUUUCCCCAGAUUUUAAUAUUACAUCCCAACAUAGUAUCCUAAGAGUUUGUUUUUACCAUCACCAUCAAGUAAGUUUCUAUCAGUGCUUUAAAGAAUUUGACCCACAGUUCAACCAUUUAAUGAGGAAUUAAAAUAUUGUCCUCCCCACCCCUUCCAUGCAGAACUUCUUGGAUUUCUAGGUGAUAAAUAAUGAAUAACAAUCAGUGUCCAUAUGCUCACAUAUUGAAUUGUUGUGUCUUUUGUUGGGGUGUUUAGCUCCUCAUGUCUAUGGGGGAUCCCGUUGUCAGUGAAGAAGGUAGAGGCCACUUCUCCCUUGGUCCCUGCUUCACCCAGGACCUCACUCAGAUCCUGGCAUUUAGCACAGUGCAUUGAAAUUGUGUUUACUUCCUGUCUCUCCCAGAGGCUCCUGUCUUCAAGGACAGAAACUAGGGUUUAGUCAUCAUGCGCACUUCCUGCUAAUAACCCACAGCUUUGAAUAAUGGGUUCCUACCUCCUCAAGUGACUUUAAUAUCCCUGGUGCCUAGCACGGGGGCCGCUCAGCAAACAUGGGAACUCCACACCCGGCACCCUGCUGUGCUGGGACGAUUUGGGGCUUGCUGCCAGGCAGGGAGACAGACGGUUUUUAAUAGAACUUUCUGCUCUUGUUGAGUCUUAAGUCCAAAGUUCAAGGAGCAGACAGGCCGGUUGCGCUGCCCAGUAAGGCAGGGAGCCAGAGGAGCAGCCUUGGCCCUAGAAACACUGCCUUUCUCUCCAGGGCACAGUCCCAGCCCAGGCGACCCCAUGCUGGAGUUUCCCAGCUUCCUCCCUUUGUUCACCUCAGGGCUUCUUGCACCCUCUGGAAAGCUAAGAGAUUUUUUUUCAACCCUAAAAGAAAGUGCGUUUCACUGCAUUGGAUGCAUGAACAUCAGUGCCCAUCCUGUGGGUCAGAGAGGACUGGGCAUUAAGUGGCAGGACACACUCAAGAACACGGUCCAAGGAUUUUUCUGGACAUAUUUCACAAAAGACAACUUCUCUAGAAUAAGCAAGACGAUUGUUUCAUUUUGAAGAUGGAACAGGAAACUAAAGUACAUUUAAAAUAUUCAGCAUUCAUUUUAACAUAUUGAAUGGAAUGACUUCCUAUUACAAUGAGUUUAUCUUGCUUUUUGUACAGAGUCGUAUGUGAUGCUUCAGUGAUUUCCAGAUUGGAGCAAGGUUAUUGUGAUCUAAAUGAGCAGCACGAAAAGCCGCCGUGUGCUGCUCUGGGGAUCUCUCCUAUGGGCAAAGACAUUAGAGAUGCAUAAAACCUUAAGACAUGGCUUUUGGCUAAGACUUCAUGACUUUAAACUAGUUAUGUUACUAUUGACCUUUCACAAAGAAAGAAUAUUUUCCUUGAAAAAAAAAAUAAGCUCACUUUUCCUUUGUAGCUUGGAACAGAGACAGUAGUGCCUUACAUUAUGCAGCGUAAACUCUCUUUUCAAAAAAAAAAAAGGAUUUUGGAGACUACAAAGAUAAGAUUCCAAUUUUUCCAAAAGCUUUCUGACCUUAUGCCUUUUAUUAUAAAGAUUCUCAAGUCUGGUGUUUUGUAAUCAUUCGUAUCAGAGCUAGUGAUUUCAAAGGGUUUCACAAUUCUCCCAGACAAAAGUGAUUUUAAUGCAUUUUAGCAAGUGCUAAGGGAUAUGUGCUUCAUAGCAAUGUUAAUAUGGGGAAGGGAAGGACGUCACUGACUUAAACAUAAGUUGGCAAUAUCUGCCUUCUUAUUUUACUAUAAACACACAGCCUUCUUCAGCCUGCAACUUUAAGAAAAGAAAUCUACACUGUGGUUUGAUUUUUCUGGUCACUAUGUAAAGUAAAUACUUAAAACACUUUGUAACCACGUAUUUACUUUGCCAAGUGCCUAUAUUCUAAUAAAAUAUUUGUCCUUGAAGAGCUGCCCAGAUGUCAUUUAUUUGGAACAGGGCUGGUUUCAUCUUUUAAGCAAAUGUCAUACUUAAGCUGGGAGGAGCAGCCCUCAGAAAUGAAAAGGUGAGUCACCCUUGCUGUUAUUAUGGAAUUUUUACUUUUCUGUUGUCAGGAAGGAAUCUACAGGGAAGCCACUUAAUGUCAGGUGUAAUUACGCUUUGAUAAUGCAUAUGCUUAUUUCUCUGGGAAUUGGAUCACAUCCCUAAUACAGCACUGGGCGAUUACUCUUGACAUGAUGGAACUGCUGUUCAAACUUAAAUUUAUUUUCAGUGGG